AUGAAUGAAGCUUACGAUGACUUAACUAAACGAGCUCCGAGAAAAUUAUCUCCUCAAAAAGCAAUUGAUCUUCAAUUAGCAAUUAAAGAUAUAGAAAAUGCAAAGUCCCCAGUUGAAGUUUUUGGGUUUGAUCCAACAAAAACAAUUGAUAUUAAUGAUUUAGACGAAUUAGAAAAAAGAUGUUUAGAUAAGGAAAAGGCUAUAAAAUUGUUGAUUGGUGAUAAUGAUGUGCAAACACUUAAGGGAUUGAAAGAACGUGCUCUUGAUGCAAUCGAAAGUAUUAAUUAG